ACGAACGAGGUGACUUUGUGACUUUUGCUGCAGUUGAAAAAAGGUGCGAGAAAUAAACAUUUUUUUAAAGUUAGAGAUUUUGGAGAUUGAAAAAACACACACCUGAGAAAACUAAACGUUGGUUGACGGAGAAGAACAGGAAGAAAAUACGAACCGUUUCGGAAGGAGUCAGCUACGAGAGGAAGGAGUCAGCUACUAGAGGAAGGAGUCAGUUACUAGAGGAAGGAGUCAGCUACUAGAGGAAGGAGUCAGCUACUAGAGGAAGGAGUCAGCUACUAGAGGAAGGAGUCAGCUACUAGAGGAAGGAGUCAGCUACUAGAGGAAGGAGUCAGUUACUAGAGGAAGGAGUCAGCUACUAGAGGAAGGAGUCAGCUACUAGAGGAAGGAGUCAGCUACUAGAGGAAGGAGUCAGCUACUAGAGGAAGGAGUCAGCUACUAGAGGAAGGAGUCAGCUACUAGAGGAAGGAGUCAGCUACUAGAGGAAGGAGUCAGCUACUAGAGGAAGGAGUCAGUUACUAGAGGAAGGAGCCAGCUACUAGAGGAAGGAGUCAGCUACUAGAGGAAGGAGUCAGCUACUAGAGGAAGGAGCCAGGUCCUGUUCUGAAGGAGUCAGCUACUAGAGGAAAAUACAGGACAUCAUGGUGGAGAGAAAACGCCUGCUGCUGUUACUCUGUAUCUGCACCUCCUCUGCCUACCCUGUAAGACAGACAGGACCACCUCCACCUAUCGGUGGUUGGACUGGGUUUUAUCCCAUAACCUUGCCUGACCACACAGGAGCACUGAGGACUGUCCUCUACCCUUUGACUGUAUACAACCACAACCUUCCAACACAGCCUGCCAUUGGCCAGAAUCCUGUGUCGGUGCCUGCCAUUGGCCAGAAUCCUGUAUCGGUGCCUGCCAUUGCCCGGAAUCCUCUUCUACAUUCUGUAUCGGAGCCUUUGAUUGGUCAAAAUCCUCUAUCAGUGCCUGUGAUUGGACAGGAGAUGACUGUGUUUCAGACUCCCUCCCCUCCUCAGUUUAAAGAUACGCCUGCGGCCCCUGUAGAGGAAACUCCCAUGGUGACAGAUCCACAGUCCCAGCUCCAGCCAUACUACCCACAGCCCUACCCCUACGACCCACAGUCCUACCCCUACGACCCACGGCCAUACCCCUACGACCCACAGCCCUACCCCUACGACCCACAGCCAUACCCCUACGACCCACUUACAACACAGCUACUGACCAACCUGGAAACACUCACACCUGGGGAACAGGCACAGAUAAUGUCUAGGUUCCAUAUUAUUCCGGCAGUCUCUCAGGACAGUCAGACGGUGUUCCCCACCUGGCAGUUAAGCGGUGCAGUAGGAGGAGCCCAGUCUCAGUCAUCAUCUCUGAGUUCUGAAGAGGAAGCUUCACCUCCUGUGGUCUACACCAGGGUGAUGUUGCCUCCAGUGGUGCCAGCGUACCAGAGCCAGGGGCUGAGUGUGGAUCCUAACCCUGAACCUUCAGCCUUAACCCCUGACCCCUUACCUCUGACCCCUGACACCGGCCAUGCACACCUGGGGAACCCCCCGACUGUAGCCCCGAUGGCCUCGGGAGGGCAGGGGACACCCAAACCUGAGGUGGGGGGUGCGGUAGGGGUACAGAUGAAGAGUGCCGUGGAGAAGGGUACAGAGGGGGCUGUGGGGGUGAGAGAGGGGGGAGGGGUACAGAUAAAGAGUGGAGGUGCAGGUGACCCCUGUCCCUUGGAGAAGAGCCCCCCAGUAAGAGAGACCCAAACUUCUACCCAUUCUGAUCCUCGCCUCACACAUCGUCUCACCCUCAGGCAGCUCCCCACCCGAGCUAGGAACAAUGGGGGGAGAGCCUGAGGAGGAGGGGGUUUUCUUUCCCUCUCCUACCUCUCCUACGUCUCCUCUCUCCCUCUCCUCCUCUCUCCCUCUCUCCCUCUCCUACCUCUCUCCCUCUUCUCUAUCUCCUACCUCUCUCUCUCCUACCUCUCCUCCUCUCUCCCUCUCUCCCUCUCCUCCUCUCUCCCUCUCUCCCACUCCUCCUCUCCUCCUCUCCUCCUCUCUCCCUCUCUCCCUCUCUCCCUCUCCUCCUCUCUCACUCUCCUACCUCUCCUCCUCUCCUCCUCUCCUUCUCUCUCCCUCUCCUACCUCUCCUCCU